CUUUUAUUUCGUUUUUAUCAUUCGCUUUUUGUAAAAUUAUUACACCUAAAAUAAAGUAUUGUAACCUUGUUCAAUUAAAAUAUAUAAAAUGUCUUCAAAGCAAACAGCUAAAAAGUAUAAAUGGGCUUUGGAUUUUAACAAUAUAAAAAAUGUGGACUUGUCAUCUCCUCCGGGUUACAAUCCGUCAGUACUAGUCAACCACACUGAAGUGGUGAGAGAUCAACGACUUGUUAUUAAGAAAUCCUGGGACUUGGCGCUUGGUCCUUUGAAGCAGAUUCCGAUGAAUUUGUUUAUCAUGUACAUGUCGGGUAGUUCCAUAUCGAUAUUCCCCAUAAUGAUGGUUGGCAUGAUGCUUAUCCGACCACUUAAAGCAAUGUUUUCCACUUCAGUCACAUCUAAAAUGGCGGAAGGAGCACAAGGCAGUGGUCAGAAACUCGUAUAUUUUUUGGGAAAUAUGGCAAAUGUUGCUGUCGCAUUAUACAAAUGUCAUAGCAUGGGCUUAUUACCAACACAUGCAUCUGACUGGCUUGCAUUUGUAGAACCUCAAACACGUCUUGAGUAUUAUGGCGGUGGUGUAUCGUUUAUUUAAGGCAAAUAUAUAAAAGUCACAAACAUUAGAAACGACA